CAACUGUUAGCAGCACGAGCAGUUCGUAUUUACAAUGAAAACCGCAAUCAUUUUCUUGGCCAUUGUGGCCUUCGCGACAGCCGGACAAGACACUAAUUUACUUGCUGAUCGCUCCCUCUCCACCACAGCCGAACAAAUUCUUGUGGACAUUCGUGAUCAGAUGCCAUGCGGUUUCCCUAGUAAGGGUAUUCCACCACUCGCUCCACUCAAGAUCCCACACAAAGAGGUCAACAUCGAUACCGAGUCUUUGAAAUUGCAAGGUGUUGUGGACAACUUCCGCUUGAAUGGCUUGAACGAGUUCGAAAUCGAUGAGAUGAAAAUUAAUGCGAUCACCAGCAAAGUAACCUUCCGCUUAAUUUUCAGCAAUGUGAACGUUGACACCCAAUACGAUUUGAGUGCGAUUUUGAAGAAAGCCGGUUUCACUAUUAAUUUGGUUGGUAAUGGGCAAGCUAAAUUCGCUGUUAAAAAUAUCGAUAUUUCGGGUACCAUCAAAUACUCGUUGGGCAUUUUAAGUGGCAAAUUGAAGCUGAAGACUUUGUCCAUUAGUACGCACAUUGGCGAGGUGGAGUCUGAUAUUCAGGGUAUUUUGGGUUCAGCUGGCAUAAACGAGAAGAUGAACGAGAUGUUGGAGGAAGUGGUGCAACUUGCCGUCAAUGAGAACGAAGAAACUAUUACAGAAACUAUUGAGUCGAUUGCUUUACCAAAAGUGAACAACUUCCUAAAUGACAAUUCUAUCUUCGAUUUGAUCAACAGUGGUAAUGAGAAGGUGGAGUGUAUACCUCCUUCAGAUAAUUAAGGCUGUUGACGGCGUUGUAGGGUUGGAGUUUGUUUUAAUGGCCAACUUAAAUGCCGUUGAAAAAAUGGAAUAAAAUGUAUUGUUUAAAAUAAAAUUAAUUUCUAAAA